AUGUCUCCUUUAGGACGAACAUUGAGAAAGAAUAUCUACAGCCAGGAAGGAGGAACUAUCAGUCUCAGAAACGUAAAACUACUUAGAAUAAGGAAGCCACUACCUGGGCUUUGGCAGGUAAUAACCAAUUCUCGGCUGAAGCACACUGUUCGGAUAUUUGGACAUGGCAGUAUCGACUUCGAAUAUGGGUUUACUAGCAGGGUUCUGGAACGAUUUGAAAUGGCACAUCCGAGACCUGUUUCCCACCGAAACACGUAUGUCCUGGUGAACGUGAUUGGCUUACUCCAGCCAGGCAUAGUCAACAAGAUAGCCUUAGUGGAUUACUACGGUAAGCCUACUCAUCUUACGUUCUAUCAGCUACUGAAUAUCUGA